UUCAAUUUUUUAUUUUACAUUUCGUAAGAAGUGUUUAAUGUUUUCCGAACGAUAUAAUAUCAAUUCUAUACUAAUAUAAGUGGACAGAAAAAAAGAGAAGACGAUUCAAAUGAAAAUAAAAAAAAAGGAACUAUUGAUCUUAUUUCCAAACGUUUUUACGAAAAUUGUUUCGUUUCUUUCAUAAUGAACAAUAUUCUUAUAAUAUAUAUCGAAUGAAAGGAUAUUACAAUAUCGUUGAUUUUAUCGUAUAGUGGAAGUUAAUUAUCGCCGAUAUACGGAUGUUGACAAUUUUUUUUUUGGAUAAUGAAAUGAUUUCUAUUAAAUAAUUGAGAUCGAACAAAAGUGGUUGAAAGAUAAGAACGUUUUGAGAAAAGUGGAAAAAAAAAUAAAGGAAAAAUAGUGAAACGGAAGAAGGAUCGAAGAGAGACGUCGGAAGAGGAGAGUCGUUGAAUAGUGCAAGAUAUCCUUGUAGGAGAGAACGUGUGUGGGAUGUAAUCGAUGUCGCGAUAAAACUCGUGUAUAAUACGAAGAUAUACGAGUAUAGAAAGGGCAUCGAUAUGACGUUGUCUCGUUGGCAGUCGAGGUGUUGCAGGAGUAUCAUCCAUUGGUUUCCGAUUUUUACAGGUUGCUCGUAAAUCGGCCUAUUACGUCAUUAUCGUUAGACGAUGACGGAAACUCGUUGGCGCAUAUGAUAAGUUUACGGAUAUAUAUAAAGGGUCGUCGAUCGUUCGAGCGUGUACGGAUAUACUAUAUAAGGGAUAGGAUCGUUCGAUCGAGUAAGUCCAUUAACGUCGCGGCAAUGACGAUACGUCGAAGCAUAAAUAGACGGGUUGCUGUCGUCUUAUGGUGAAAAUGAACGAUCGUUCCAGCGAGGAAGAGAGGAAAAGGGAGGACAACGACAUUGUUGUAAGAAAGAAAGAAAGACAGAUAGAUAUAUUAGUUUUAUUUUCCUAUUCUCUCGUUCCAUGAAUGAAGAAUCAAGAAAAUCUUAUCAGAAGAUAAAUUCCAAAGUUUGAAAUCAACAAUAAUUAUCUUACGUGAGAAACUCUUUUACAUCAAAUCGAAUAAAGCUUUUGGUAUUGGUACGUGUCCUAUUAUUAUGAUGUGUCAUACGUGUGUGCGUUAGUUUAAGUGAUAACGAAGUAGGAAGAGGGAAGGAUCUGAAUUUCGGAUUAUCGGAAGACCUGACUCAUUGAAACUCGACUUAGCCAGGUACUUCGGGAGAAGUUAUAUCUUCCUUGGAACGGUAAAGAGGCUGAUAUUUGAACGAGAACGCCAGACAGACGGGUUGAUAGAGAUAAAGAUAAAUUCGUCUAUUCAGUUAUAGCAACGCAGAAUGCUCAGGAGAAUGCUUUUACUGAUGAGCGUUUUCGCUCGGUUUGCCGUUGCGGAAGUUGUCCUCAGCGACGUCGACGAACCCAUUCCCGUAUUAGACAUAACGGCUGUGUCUGGUUUCAAAGCGCAAAUACCUUGCGAUAUCGAGCCACCGACGAAAGACGAGAUGGUUAUCAUGGUCUUUUGGUACAAAGACGGGAAGGAAGGCGAGCCAAUAUACAGUGUGGAUGCCCGCGGUAGAGCCGUAGGUCAAGCAAAGCUUUGGUCCGAUCCAUAUGUAUUUGGGGAAAGAGCGACUAUGAGGACGAAUGUGAAGCCAGCUGAAUUAGAGAUCGAUCCAUUGCAUUCGGACGAUGCUGGAGUAUAUAUAUGUAGAGUGGACUUUAAAGAUAGUCCAACGAAGAAUCAGAAGAUCAACCUAACCGUUAUAGUGCCACCCUCGAAACCAGUGAUCUACACGGGUUCGAAUAAAGUUAUGGCCAAGAUAUUGCAACCCUUCAACGAGGGUAACGAGAUGUCGUUGUUGUGCGAAGUGAUCGGAGGUUCACCACCGCCAAGAGUCUGUUGGUAUUUUGAAGGAAAAUUGUUCGACGAUACGUACACGUUAGAGCAUGGUGAUGUUACCAUAAAUCGUUUGGAUGUGUCUCGAGUUACAAGAGAUUUUCUAAGAGCUAGACUGAUUUGCAGGGCUAGCAAUACUCAACUCAUGUCUCCGUUAACGUCCGAAAUUAUUCUCGACAUUAAUCUUAAACCGUUAUUCGUGAAUAUAACGAAUAAAUUAAAUCACAUAUCCGCAUUAAGAACGUACGAAAUAGAAUGUGCUAGUUCUGGUUCGAGACCCGAAGCCAUCAUGACUUGGUGGAAAGGUACUCAUCAAGUGAAACAUAUGGCUAGAAAUUUUGCAGAUAGUCCGAACAUAACAAGAAGUGUUUUGAGUUAUGUCCCUACCAUCGAGGACGAUGGAAAGUAUUUGACUUGUCGUGCUGAAAAUCCGGUUGUACCUGACAGUGCCUUGGAAGAUAGAUGGCGAUUGCUCGUUCAUUACGCUCCGGUGGUCACGAUCAAAUUGGGCUCGAGUUUGCGGGCGAACGAUAUAAACGAGGGUGACGACGUCUACUUCGAAUGCGAUGUCCGGGCCAAUCCAAAAGCUUACAAGUUGGCCUGGUUCAAGGACGGCAAGGAAUUACAUCAGAACGCGGUAGCAGGGAUCAUACUUCCCGGUGGUAAUUCUUUGGUUUUGCAGAGUGUUACUAGAAGUUCAGCUGGCGAGUACUCGUGUAUGGCUACUAAUCUUGAAGGAAAAUCUACCAGCAGACCGGUUACUUUAGAAAUAAUGUAUGCCCCGAUUUGCAAAGAAGGUUCAUCAACGCAAGUAGUAGGAGCGUUGAAGCAUGAGACGAUAUUUCUGGUUUGCGGUGUACAAUCGAAACCACCUCCUACGACUUUUCACUGGACGUUCAACAAUUCUGGCGAGCUGAUGAAUAUGCCGCCGAAUCGAUUUACGCAGGUCAAACCGUUGAGCCUCGUCACGAACCAUUGGCAUGGUUCCAGAAUGAAUUACACGCCGUCUAACGACAUGGACUAUGGGACGAUAGCUUGCUGGGCGCGAAAUCGUAUAGGACUGCAGAAAACGCCCUGUCUUUUUCAGAUCAUUGUAGCUGGGAAGCCAUACCCAUUGCAGAAUUGUACAGCUGUACAAUCGACCGGACCCUUCUCUUAUCGAAUGGGACACGAAGAUUUUAAAGCUACCGACUCGAGGGACGCAGAUUGGUUGAUCGUCAGAUGCUCCGAGGGAUUCGACGGUGGUCUACCGUUGACUAAUUACGAGUUAGAGGUUUACAGUGAGGAUAAUGUUUAUCUUGUAAAUACCAUUUACCUGAAUCACACGGAUAGAUCAACUGGCCCGGUUUUUGAGGUAUCAGGCUUGGAACCAGGAUGCAAUUAUAGGUUACACCUUUACGCAGUUAAUGCUAAGGGUAGAAGCGAUCCUGUCGUCCUUGAACCAGUCACGCUCAAAGGAGUCGCAAUGUAUACUACAGGUCGUGGAACGUCUGAAGAAACAACAGAUUAUAGUCUACUGGUGGCUUGCUUUGCUGGUGGUAUAACUGCAGUUUGCAUCCUUAUUGUCGGAAUAACUUUGACGUUACAUCGUCGUAAUCAUCCGAUGCAAGGUAUAAAAACAUUGACAGAGGUGGUACAAUAUGACAGUAAAGAUAAUCGAAUGUUAGCAACAACUACUACUACUACUACUACUACUAAUAAUAUGUCCGGUGCAGCUACUGCUACAACGAUGAAUACGAUUAAUAAGGACAUAAGAGAUGAGUUUAAGGAACGUAGUAGUGGCGUGCCAAUGGAUUUAACUGACGACGAUCCAGACUUGAUACCGAACAAGCUCUUAGAGCAACGACCCGACAUUUUCGAGCCAAACUAUGCGCCAAGUAGAGCGAAUAGAACGAAAGACUUUGGAUGCCUCGAGGAACUCGAUUUUUCUUCACCAUCAUCGUCGGUUAUACACGCGAAGGAUUCCUGGAUUUACCCGAAUGGUUACGUUGAAAGAGGAGGUGGAUCCGAAAGGAGUCUUAGUCCAGCUCGACCUAGCACGUUACCGGUUCAUCGUACUCAUGAUAUUUAUACGAGGAGCCUUCGUGUUCAGGAAAGCUGUAUAUAGAUGAUUGACUUAAAAUAGAGAAAAAAGAGAGAGAGAGAGAGAAAUUGAAAGAAUGAACGAAUGAACGAAUGAAUCAGUCUACGUUCGCAUGCUUGUAUGAUGGUAGAACCAUUUUGACUAUUUCAAUUCUCGUACCAUACGUCGUUUAAACGACGUUUGUACAUAGAGACAAUAAAUAUCGCUAAGAUUCACUGUCCUGUCCUAUCCGUUUAAUCGUGUCUUUCCCGAUGUCCUGUUUCUUCUUUCCUCCUUCYUUCCUUCCGUCCUUUCUUCCUUCCUUCCCUCCUUUCUCUUCCUUCUUUUUAGAGCUUAGGAUAAUUGUUAAAUGAAAGCUAAUGGUCAUUUCAUGAAGAAAGUACGGCGUUUGUAAAUAGACAAUAAAUUUCUCGUCGUUUAAGAUUCCUGAUAUUAUAAUCCCUUUACUUUCCGUUUUUUUGACACAUUUAGCGAUUAUCGCGUCAAUACAGAGGGUUAAAAAAGGGUACAUGGGAUACUUAAAGUUUAACUCGUGUCACAUUUGUCUUUGGUUUUCAUUGAUCAACUCCUCGUGAGUUUAUGUAAACGUUUGUAUAUAUGGAUAAUAAAUCUCGUUGUGUAAUAA